UCUACGUUGACUUUCCGGAUCCGACGAUCUGGAUGCCUCGCGAACGUGCUGCUCAAAUCCGCGAUGCAGCAGCAACAGCAGCAGUUGAGCACUUCAGAGCUAUUCGCAGGCACCCAAAUGGCUUUGCACGAAGAUUCCUGUCUCGGUCUGACGUCCGCGUCCUCGACGACGUCGCUCGUCGGGCUGCCGGGCGCGCGCCGUCACCAUCACGGCGCGCAUGGACUCCCAACCUCGAGCUCAUCGACCUUGUCACUGUACGCACUUCCCCGCACAAUGUCCGGCUUCGACAUAAAUUCGCUGCCAGAGUCGGAGCAAAUGUCGCAUUUGGUGAGCACUUUGCGCAAGUCUCUGCGCCGGAGCUCAGAGAUUCGCCGGGAAAUCCAGAAGCUGAGGUUUGAGUACGGCAAGGCUGAGGAGCCGACGCAGGAAGUUACUGCGCACUACGAGGAAUCCAAACGGAAACUGGAAAUAGAUCUACACCGCACAGAGGCCUUUGUGAAGAGGUAUACAGCAGCAAUCAGUCAUCUUUCUGGUAUGUGCUCCCAAGCUCCGUCGCUGCUGUCCGGGCCUUCUACUGACCACUACUCCACACAGACAUUUCGUGCGAAAACAUCCCUGAAGUCGAUCUCGCAUCCGCGCCGACGUCGCCCACCGCGACCUCAUCUCCAGCGAUCGACACGCGCCCGCCGCCCGGGCGUCCGGUGUUUGAGCUGCUAUAAGCAGUUUUGUGGGAUUCCGUGGAAUGGGUUUGUAGGCUUUGUUUUUGGACCGGGAAUGUUUCUUUUUAUCGAGUAUCUCUUUGGAUCAGGUCGUUGGUUUGUGUAUAUUUAUGCGGUGUCUCUAUCUCUCUGUAUCAUUACGGGCGUUGUCUUUUGUGUUUUUUGUCUGUGUUUGGAUCAGUGCUCUACAUAUUUGUCAGUAGACUAUUAAUAAUACCCACACGCAUGAUUACAUAA